AUGAGGCUGUCAAUUCUAUCAAUCCUUUUAACUGUGGCUACAUCAGUUAACUCCAAAAUAGUAGAUUACAGAGUGAAAAAUUCGGAACUUAGAGUUAAUCUUAAUGAUGGUUCUGGCGAUGAAUACUCUGGUGUGGUGAUUCAUGGAAAUGGGAAAAGAGACGAUGGUCAUGAAAGUGAUCGAGACAACGAUGACAAUGAUGCUGAUGAUAACAACGAUGGUUAUGAAAGUGAUCGAGAUAACGAUAACAAUGGUGGUAACCAAACUGACAACGAUGGCCACGAUACCGACUUGGACGACGACAAUGACGACCAUCAGCGUACUGCGUCCUCGGGACGUACUUCAUCCGUGAAGACUUCACAAUCUUCAAAACGUACAUCGACAAAAACUUCGCAGGCAACUGAUAAUGACGGCAACGAAACUGAUAACGAUGGCCAUGACACUGACUCGGAUGACGACAAUGAUGGCCAACGUCGUACUGCGUCUUCGGGACGUAGUUCAUCCUUGAAUAAUUCACAAUCUUCAAAACGUACAUCGACAAAAAAUUCGCAGGCAACUAACAACGAUGGUAAUGAAACUGAUAAUGAUGGCCACGACACUGAUACCGAUGACGAUAAUGAUGACCAUAGACAUACCACUAAGUCCUCUUCUAGACAAGGUUCAUCGCAGACUUCAGCACAAUCAUCGGAAUCUUCCUCUACAAGUAAUUCGCAGUCAACUGAUUCUGGGUCGGGCGCUGCAGCAGAUUAUCAACUUUCGUGGCUUGGUAUAUCCGUUGCUGGUGCAGUGGCACUUGGUGGCUUCUUGAUUUAG